UAGACUCUAAUAAUAGUGGCGUCUGGUGCUUUUUUUGUCAUUGGUCAUUGCACAGUGUCCACACCAGUGAGAGACAGAACUAAACAUUUAGCUUGAAGGUCAAGAAAUAAUGUAGACAGAUAAACAACUAGUAAUGUGAGCAUUUAAAAUCUACUGAGAGAAAACUGUUGUUCAACAGCCAUGCGUCUGGUAGUUUUACAGUUCCUGGCUGGAUUUUUUGGAGCUCUAAGUUCAGUGUUCCUCCUGGGAUCUCUUGGGUCUGAUUACUGGCUUAUGGCAUCUGAAUCUUGUGGAGAUGCUGCUCAUUUCAAACUAUGGAGAGUCACAAAGGAUAUCGCUCAAGCACAACCAGACAGUAGUAAUCAGGCUGAAAACAGCCUUCUGUUCUACCAUGAGGGUCUUUUUUGGAGAUGUUCCUACCAUAGGGGUUCAAGUAAAGAACAGGAUGGCAUACUGGCUUUUUUGAUCACCAAUCAACCUUCCCAAAAGGUUUGUGUGCCAGCCUACUUGUCUCAUGCUCCGGUUUCUGGACUUCCCAAUAGUGUUCUUACCUCAGACUCUGCCACAGUGCAAAGGGCCUUUUGGUGUGUUAUAUUUGUGCUGGGUGUCAUCUUGGUUAUGAUUGGUGGGUUCGUCACAAUCUGUGCAACCCCAGGAACCAGCCAUCGCCUUUACGAGACUGGAGGUGCUUUCUUUAUAACUGGGGGUAUCUUAAUCAUGUCUGUAGUGAUGUUGUUUGCUGUGUGGGUGCAGGUCUCAGACUCUUUAGAGCGGUAUGGCCUCCAGCGCAGACGCUUAGUGUGCCCCAGUCUGCAGCUCAGUGUGCACUAUGGUCCGUCUUUUAUGCUGGCUCCCACUGCUGCCUUCCUCUGCCUGCUUACUGGCCUACUUCUUCUGCUUAUUCCAUCAGUCAGGAGAGCUUCGGCCAGAGAAUGCAAAGACACAGAGAAUCAGCCAUUAUCUCUGCGAGAAGAAUGUGUAUAGAGUUAUGUAUACAUGACAGUGAUUUUCUGUCAUAAUUGACUCACCCUUAUUCUGAAUGUGUAUAGUUUUUUGCUCCCAUAUACCACAAAAGAAGAUAAGAGAGUAUAAUUAAAAGUACAAUCAAAAUUUAUUAAACCAAUAAUUAAAUGUGCCCACAAGGGGGUGCUAGAGGUUUCAAGAAAAAGAUUUUAGAAAUAUCAAUGAUAAUAUUUAACAGACCUGCUAAAUUUGUCUUUAUUAUCACUAUUUCAAAUAGUUUUUAAAGGUGGAUAUUUUGUCACUUUUUUUAUUCUACUGACAGCCACAGCUCUUCUAAGUUUUUUAAGUUUCUAAAAAACUUCUAGUCACCAUUCACUUUCAUUUUAUGGAAAAGAGCAACCCCAUUAUUCUGGUAAACUUCUUUUAUGGAGAAGAAAAAAAAUGAAUUUAUAUUACCAGAUGAAUUAUUAUAAUGACUAAACAUUAUGCUUAAUCACUACAAUUGUAGAAACUACAAAAGCCCGUUCUCAUUAAUAAUGCAUUAUAACAGUUUUUGGUAAUGCUUUGUCAUGUCUAUAUAUUGAUUUAUUUUCUUUCCUUGGCUUCAGAUUGUGUUGUGCUUUAAAAAAUAUUUUCUUUUUUAUUCUUUGCUGUUUUGUACUGCAAAAAUAUCAUUGAACUAAACAAAAUAACA